UUUAGGUGUAGCUUUUGUUUUAAUUUAUGCAAGUGCAUAAAUUUGAUAGUAUUACCAUGGGUAACUAUGAAGAAGUGACAAGUGAGGUAAAGAACUGGAUGCGCUAGUAAGCUAUGGUAAUGAGUGUAAGAGAGAAGUAUAAUAAACAGAAAUGGCGGGCUGUUGUUAGUUUAGCUGGUGUUUCUUUGCUGUUAGUGUUUACUGCUUCGAAUUUAACAAUUCAACCAAGCGACCCGACGUUUAAUUCCUUUAUUUAAAGCGGCCUUUUCGUGAAUGCUCGUGUGAUAUUAGUGAAAUCAUGGAUAACGAAGCCGCGGAUGCCGCGGACGCAGCAGACAGUGCUUUAACCUCAACCAUGAAUACCAUCAACACGACGCCGACCACAGACGCUGUUCCCAGCUCAUCAUCGGACGCUAACAACGAUGCAAUGGAAAGCAAAGCCAUGGAGGAUACAAUCACCAGCACAUCUGAUGAAGUUGAUCAAGUUGGCAUUGCUUCAAUUGCAUCUAGCACAAUCACUAAUCUAGGCACAGAAAAGCUUGAUUUUGAUAAGGAAGCAGAUAUGUUUGCUAAUGACUUGAAUUUGGCAACUACUUCAACUGUAAAGAUUACUGAAAAUGUAGAUGACAUUGUUUCAGACUUGGAAAAUUUACUAGGCAAUCCUGUGGUUGACUAUAAAGUUGAUGCAGGGGUAGCUAAAGAAAUAACUCCUAAUAGUGAGCUAGAAGAAAGUGACCCUGAGCUUAGCUUAGAAAAUGUUCCACUAGUUCUAAACAAGAUUGACAAUGUUUUAGAGCCUUCUACUCAGACAGAAACUGAUAUUGUGGUUGAACCCACUGAAAACCUUGCUGUUAAUGUGACACAAAAUGUUGAUGAAACAAAUGCUGUAGCUGAUCAUGUAAUGAUUGAACCAGAAACAGUAGCAGAACCAACAUGUACUUCAGAAGAAAUCCAAUGUGAUUCAAUUCCUGUUGAAAUUACACCCAUUAAUCAAGCAGAAUCUCCAGUUGAGUCUAUUGAAACUCACAAUAAUAUAAACAAUAAGGAGGCAAUUGAGAUGCCAGACACAAAAAAUUCAGAAGUAGAAGAAUUGUCAACAUUAGAAAUUACUUCUAGUGAUGUUAACACUCAAAACAAUGAAACUGAUGAUGUAAAUUCUAUUACAACUGAUACUAAAUCACCACCAGCUGAAAAUGUAAUAAGUCAUUCUGAAGCGACCGCAACGAUAGAUCUGAAUAUUGUACCUAAUAUUAUGCAAGAACCUGAGGAACAACCUAUUAUACCGCCAGAAGAAAAAGUAGAAGAUGCAGCUGUUCCAUUACAAGCAAUAGAUGAAGUGCAACAAGUAUUAAUUUCAAAUACAGAUGGAGAUAUUCCUGAUAAUCAUAAUAUGUCAUGUGAAAGAGAUACUUUAAUAACAUCAACACUUGUUGAUUCAAACAACGCGCCACCUCAUUCUUUACCAGAUCAACAGCCUUUAACUGAGUGUACAGCAUCACAAGAGGAUGAAAAAUUUGUGGAGUUAAUUUCUAUUAUUCCUAGUGAAGCAAAUAGUUCAGAAUUAGUAAGUGCCAUUGAACCAGUUCUGCCUAAUAUAAACAAUGAUAUAAAACAUGACAAAACGCCGGAUAUCAUCACCUCAGAAAAUAUGAUAUGUGAAAACUCGGAGAAAAUUAACGUAGAAAAGAUGAUUGUUUGUGAGGAAGAGGAUAAAGAUGUGAACCAAGAGCAAAAAAGCGCAGAUAUUGAAACACCUAAGUUUUAUCCUGAACAAUUAGGUGUGAAUGAUAAAAUAUCUGAGUCUGUUCCUGAAGCAAAAGUGGACGAUGAGCCGGAAAUUGACCAGGAGGCUGAAUUAGUUCGAGCUGCAAUAGAAGCAUCUGCAUUUAGACAGGAUACUAAAUUAGAUGACAGACAAGUUGAAGUUGCAUCGACGCUUAUAAGUGAUGAUGAUGUAAUAAGGGCGGCGAUUGAUUGCACUGCUCGUAAUGAGGAGGAAGAUUUAAUCAAAGCUGCACAGGAAUGUCAAGUCCGCGAAGUUUGCGAAUUAGAGUAUCCAUUAGAAACGCGAAGUGUUGAGUUACAGGUAACGUCAACAACUGUACCUGUGGAUACGGAUACUUCCCGAAUUGUUGAAGAAUUAAAACCAAUUAAUUUGAUUCCAAUGGUUGAAGACAUAGACCAGAUGACUGAUUAUCAAAAACCUCUCGAGAUUGUUGUUGACAGCAGUGCCAAGGAGGCCGAAUCAACUACUAUGCAUGAAGAUAGUAACAAAGAGUCGUCGGAUGAUGAUAAACAAGAGUACAGUUCCAAAAUAUCACAGAGUCAAGAGUUAAAGUUAACUAUUCGUAAAACAAAAGCAGAGGAGUCGUCAAUAUUGAAAAUAUUUGAUCCUAAAGAACCUGUUAUUGAGAUUAGCCCAUCGGAGUCGGAAACUGAUCAGGAGCCGGAGUCACCUCUUCCUAAACUUGUUAUCAAACAGGCGCAAGUGAGCCCGAAAAGGAAAAAUGAUACUUCCAGUCCAUUCAAAAUUACGAUCAAACCAAUCCCUCCAAAGGGACAAGAUGAAAUUGUUGUGCAGAAGUCAAGUCCGAAGUUGAUUAUAAAACCGAUUGUAAAACCCGAUGAGGAAAUGCACCACAGUCCGAAGAUUACUAUAAAACCGAUUCCCAAACCAGAAGAACUUGAGCGUUGUAACAGUCCCAAAAUUACUAUCAAGCCUAUAAUUAAACCUGAAGCUUGCAUCAGUCCCAAAAUUAAAAUCAAACCCAUUGUUAAACCCGACGAGGAACCACAUUUCCACGAUGAAGAACGCAUUGUUCUUAAAAUUAGCAAAAGGGAGCGUGAUUCGACACCUAAACGUGGCUCGACGCCAAAACGCGACGCAACUCCGAAGCCUGAAGAGAAAGAGGAGAAAGAAAAGUCAGGGAAAUUAAAAAUGAAAUUCUCUAUGAGUGGUGGUGGACAUGCUCAUAUUGUAAACGAAGAUGAUUCUGAAACGUCGCUUGAAAUUGAGACGAAGCGAAUCAAACUCAGUAGCGAUACUACUUUUAAUGACUCACUAGUGUCGAUGGAUUCAUCUUUCAUGACUAACAUUGAUAGUCCGGUGGAGAAGCCCGUCACUCCAACACCUAAACGGCGUGGCAGACCACGGAAGGUACCAUUGCAGGUACGAGUCGAAGACGAAGAACCUGUUGUGGUAGAGACUCCAAUGGAUAUGGAUCAGGACCUUGAUGGGUAUGACAAUAUUGGACAUCAAGAGGCCGAAGCAGUAGAUGAAAGUAAAGGAAGAAGUGGACGUCCGAAGCGAAGUUGUCGAGGUCCAUCCAGCGUCCGAGAUACUCUUGGUUUAAAGCCGCUUGGGGAACGAGGACGUGGUAGAGGCAGAGGACGGGGCCGCGGAAGAGGCGGGGUAGAGGUCGAGGACGAGGUCGGGAAAGAGAGGCUCGGCGAAUCGAAUUUGAAACUGAUCAGAGAAGCUGCCGUCGCUGCGCAAGUAGAUUCGUCGUUCGAUGAGGUAUGCGAGGAUGUCGAUGUGAAUAACGAGGCAUCCUUUGGGACACAUUCAGGUGGUAGGAACCCGUUGGAGGAGCAAGAGGCCGAUCCAGACCAGCCCGACGUGAUGAUGUAUGAGGAGGAUACUCGAAUGAGCGCUGAUAUCAGCAGUCCCGCCAAGCAGGUGAUUAACAAUCCGAUUAUUGUGGAACUUAUUGAUGAGUCACAGUCGUCGAUUUUAAGCACAGCGACCACUGAAAGCGCCAAAAUGAAAAAGAAUAAAAUGGAGAUUGAACCAGAAGGCGCUGUGAUUUCAGCGGAUCAGCUUGCCGAGUAUUAUUGGGGUGGCGGUGGACCAUACAUGCUGCAAGAACAAGUAGCACAAUAUCUGGGCAUCAAAUCAUUUAAGCGAAAAUAUCCGGGUAUUCCACGGCGGCAGGUUGAUAUGCAGGAGCGUGAUUUCAUUCGCGAGAGUGGUCUUGCUAGUGAGCACAUGUGCGAUCUGGGACUAACUGUUGUUAACUCUGCGGACAUUUUGGAUUUGAUGUAUUCGGAUUUCCAACAUAAGUAUGAAGAAUACUGUAAGCACCAGCGCGAUCGACAAACAAAGGACAUUGCUAACAAGCAGAAAGCUAUGAGUUUGGCAGCUAGCCAGGAAAAGAACAAAAUGGAUAUAAUGCAACAAGCCGUAGAAUCAGCGGCGCAGUGGAAUGCCACUUUUAAUAAGCAGCGUCGUGAAGACCGCAAGGCAUGUAUGGACUUGCAAACAUUCACGAUCAAUUACCCCAAGGGCCGAAUAAGGCAAGUUGACCCGCAGAAAAUCGGACAUUAUCCGAUUGCGCUUGUGCCUGGCCAAUACACCGACUAUUACAAGACGUAUACACCAACAGAACUGAAUAACCUGCCGUUGAACACGAUGUUGUACAACCCAAUCAACAUUCCUGAAGAUGAAAGUCAAAGUUCCGGUUCGGAGAGCGAGACCUCUUCUUCCAGUUCCGAGAGUUCUGAUUCGGAUUCCUCGGAAGACGAUUGCAACUAUUGCGCUUCGCCCGCGGCGCCCAAUCGACGAGUUUACACUUGAAGUAUUGACCUGCAUUUGCUCUCGAAAUGCAUGAGCACCUACAUGACCCUGUGUACAUAAAAAUCCUGUAUUUUUAAAGUGACUGUAUAGCAUUAGAAAUUAUAAAACUGUCGAGUUUUUUUACGAUAUUAUCGAAUGAA